UCCUACCCCUCCCCCAACCCCUCCCCCUACCUCUGGUGGCCGCAGUGUUUUUGUGUGCUCGUGAACCACCGACGCGCCACCAGCACAGCUCUCAGCUGCUGCCCCGACGCUGCCAGUGCAUCCGGCUGCAGUGCUGCGUUACAUUCGCAGCAGUGGUCGCUGCAUAACAACGCUGCCUAAACGCCUCAGCAUCAUGGCGCGGGCACUUGUCAGCCUCCCGGCCUGGAUGUUCCUAGUUCCACUGUUUCUUCUGGCGACCACCGGGGUCCGAGCCCAGGACACGACUGCCAUACUAUCGGGAAUACUGGGUUCCCUGACAUCCACAACCAAAGCCCGCGGGUGUCCAGGGGAAUGCGUGCACGCCAUCACCGCUCUCUUGUGCGACCAAGUGGUGGACGAGAUUCAGUGCGGCGCCAGCUACCUGCGCUGCUGUGUGCCCAAGGAGUUUAGCCUGGGCGGCACUGCAGUUGAGACGUCGGCGCCCUUAGCCGAAGACGAAAUGGUUCCCGCCACUUCGCCUGCCUCCACAGUUGACGAAGACACCAACGCGACCGUCCCCACACCUCUUCCUCCGGUGACUCCAACAGUGGAAGCACCACCGCCGCCACAACCGCAGCAGCGCCCGUCGUCGACGCCACCUCCACCACAGCCCACGCAGGCUUCGACGCAGCGUGACGUGUGUCCCGGUGUCUGCGUCGGCAAGGGACUGUCCCAGUAUUGUCACCGCAUUCUCAGCUCGCCAUCCUGCGGUCCUGACGCCGUAUGCUGCACUUCCGCGGACGGUCCCCCUCAGGCUGAACAACCGGAUGACGGCACGCUUCAGCAACAGCCGGAGCGCACUCCGUCGCGCGAUGCAGUUCAGGAGUCGAAGCUCCCGGAAUGCCCUGGAUCGUGCGUGUCUCCGCUUCUCAGCAUCCUUUGCGACCACGUAUCUACAGUUCACUCGUGCCCGACGGGCGGCUCUUGCUGCGUCAGCGCGGCGGCCACGACCACCGAGCCUCCCAUACCAGCCUGCGACGGCCGCUGCCUCCCGCCCUUCUUGAGUGGGGUUUGCCAGAAGCCCGCGCAGCUCGUCCUUCGCACCACGACAUGUCCGAGUGGAACCAUCUGUUGCUCCCAGCCCGAGCGCGACCAGCGACCUGGAGGCGGAUAUUUCGCGCCGCAGCAAGGGACUCCCAUGCGCCAACAGAGGCCACCGAUGCAGCAACAGAGACCCUUCGGAGCCAUAAUACCGCAGGAACGUCCGUACCAGAACCACCCGCAGGCGCACGACCAGCUGAAUGCCGUGAUACCAGUCGACCAGGCAAUGAUGGAUCAGCUUGCCUUGGAGAGUGGCGGUGGGGGACACCGGCGGCCCCAGCACGAGCACCUCGGUCCGCCACAGCAAGGGAGACCAGACUUUCCCCACAGGGAACCUCCUCAGAUGCCCCCGCAAGGACCACAAGGAGGAGUUCGGCCAGUCAAACAGGGAAUUGGCCCACCGAAGCGACUAAGGCCGUCCCAACACCACCCUCCUGGUUCUCUACAACGCCCUGGACCCCGACCGCCCAGCCCCAGCAGCAUGGAUUUUCAUGAGAACAACCAACAGGGACCGAUCGGCUUGGCUAACGACGAGUCGAAUCAGCCGAUGCUCAGGCCCUUGAGGCCUCCAAACUCAGGCGAGAGACCUGGAGGCGGGGAGUCCAACGCCCUUCCAUCUGCACCCCAGCCGCAACAACAACAACAACAACAACAACAACAGCAACAACAACAACAACAACAACAACAGCAGCAGCAGCAGCAUCAUCAAGGUCCUCCUCCGUGUCCGGGCAACUGCAUCUCGAGUUACCUGCGGUUCGCCUGCUUCGGCGAGAACGCCAUCCACCCGAGGCUUCUGUGCCCACAGGAAGGGCUCGUGUGCUGUGCCAACGUGGCCCAAGUGCAGAGGAUUGCCGAGGAAGCCGCAGCCGCAGCCGCUGCUCCAGAUACCAACGAAGGCCAGCAGAGGCCGCCAGAGACUCCCCCUCCGCCAUCGCAACCACCACCACCGCGGGCGGCCCUGAACCCGGACCCGGGAUCUCGGCCCCCGCCACCGCCACAGCGACAGUUGCCGCGACCCGAGCCCCAGCAGCCUGAGCGCCAGCAACGACCGGAGCCCGGACCCCCUCCUCCGAGAAAGAUGCUGCAGCAACCGAAUUUCUUGCUCCAAGACGCUGAGAUCGCGACCGCAUUGCCAUCCAGUACAACGAGGGCGCCAUCUGUGGCGAAGGGCCGCCGCCCACCGCGUCCCUCUACGUGCGGCGUCAAAGGGGUUGGAUCCGGCUCUGGGCCGGACCGGCGCCAUGCGGCUCGCAUCACGGGAGGAAAGGACUCUCUUCCGGGAGAGUGGUGCUGGCAAGGAGACGCUGAUGAUAUAAUGGUCGCUUCCUAGAUUUUCCUCCAGAUUUGUCCAGGAAGCGUCUUUGAUGUUGAAGGUGAAAGUGAGGUCUGGGAACGUGUCCCUACUUACACUGUUGCCUACUCUUGUGGGCGAGGUGGGAAGCCUGUUAGCCUGGUGCGCAACGGCGAGCCGGUGUUCGUGCGCGUCGGCGACCACGACCUCGGUAGCGAGCGCGCGCACCCGGGCGCGCAGACGCGCCGUGUGGCCACCACCUACAUCCACCACAACCACAACGGGCAGACGCUAGACAACGACAUCGCGCUCCUCAAGCUACAGGGCGCCGUCGAGCUCAACCCGCGCGUCUGCCUCGUCUGCCUGCCCGCCCGCGGAGCGGCCCCGACGCCUGGAGACCGGUGCACCGUCACUGGAUACGGCUACCUGGGAGAAGGCGGUCCCAUCGCGCUGCGGGUUCGUGAAGCGGUGCUGCCCAUCGUCGAGGACCGCGACUGCACGACCAAGAUCAACGCGGUGGCCGAGAAGCAGUUCCUGAUGCCGGCCAGCUCGUACUGCGCCGGAGGGGAGAAGGGCGACGACGCCUGCCAGUGCAUGAUCCGGCUGACCUGGAAAACGGACCAGACGCGUCCCUCUCCUCCUCGUCGUCUUCCUCCCCCUCUUUCCCCCCGGGGCGCUCCGCCGACCCAGGGAGCGACGACCUCGCCCGAACUGGUUUCCGGAAGCAGCGGUUCCUACCCUCCCCCCAACCCCUCCCCUACCUCUGGUGGCCGCAGUGUUUUUGGUGUGCUCGUGAACCACCGACGCGCCACAGCACAGCUCUCAGCUGCUGCCCCGACGCUGCCAGUGCAGAUCCGGCGCAGUGCUGCGUUACAUUCGCAGCAGUGGUCGCUGCAUAACAACGCUGCCCUAAACGCCCUCAGCAUCAUGGCGCGGGCACUUGUCAGCCCUCCCGGCCUGGAUGUUCCUAGUUCCACUGUUUCUUCUGGCGACCACCGGGGUCCGAGCCCAGGGACACGACUGCCAUACUAUCGGUUGACGAAGACACCAACGGCGACCAGUCCCCACACCUCUUCCUCCGGUGACUCCAACAGUGGAAGCACCACCGCCGCCACAACCGCAGCAGCGCCCGUCGUCGACGCCACCUCCACCACAGCCCACGAGGCUUCGACGCAGCGUGUACGUGUGUCCCGGUGUCUGCGUCGGGCAAGGGACUGUCCCAGUAUUGUCACCGCAUUCUCAGCUCACCCUCCUGCGGUCCUGACGCCGUAUGCUGCACUUCCGCGGACGGUCCCCCUCAGGCUGAACAACCGGAUGACGGCACGCUUCAGCAACAGCCGGAGCGCACCUCCGUCGCGCGAUGCAGUUCAGGAGUCGAAGCUCCCGGAAUGCCCUGGAUCGUGCGUGUCUCCGCUUCUCAGCAUCCUUUGCGACCACGUAUCUACAGUUCACUCGUGCCCGACGGGCGGCUCUUGCUGCGUCAGCGCGGCGGCCACGACCACCGAGCCUCCCAUACCAGCCUGCGACGGGCCGCUGCCUCCCGCCCUUCUUGAGUGGGUUUGCCAGAAGCCCGCGCAGCUCGUCCUUCGCACCACGACAUGUCCGAGUGGAACCAUCUGUUGCUCCCAGCCCGAGCGCGACCAGCGACCUGGAGGCGGAUAUUUCGCGCCGCAGCAAGGGACUCCCAUGCGCCAACAGAGGCCACCGAUGCAGCAACAGAGACCCUUCGGAGCCAUAAUACCGCAGGAACGUCCGUACCAGAACCACCCGCAGCAGCAGCAGCAGCAGCAUCAAGGUCCUCCUCCGUGUCCGGGCAACUGCAUCUCGAGUUACCUGCGGUUCGCCUGCUUCGGCGAGAACGCCAUCCACCCGAGGCUUCUGUGCCCACAGGAAGGGCUCGUGUGCUGUGCCAACGUGGCCCAAGUGCAGAGGAUUGCCGAGGAAGCCGCAGCCGCAGCCGCUGCUCCAGAUACCAACGAAGGCCAGCAGAGGCCGCCAGAGACUCCCCCUCCGCCAUCGCAACCACCACCACCGCGGGCGGCCCUGAACCCGGACCCGGGAUCUCGGCCCCCGCCACCGCCACAGCGACAGUUGCCGCGACCCGAGCCCCAGCAGCCUGAACGCCAGCAACGACCGGAGCCCGGACCCCCUCCUCCGAGAAAGAUGCUGCAGCAACCGAAUUUCUUGCUCCAAGACGCUGAGAUCGCGACUGCAUUGCCAUCCAGUACAACGAGGGCGCCAUCUGUGGCGAAGGGCCGCCGCCCACCGCGUCCCUCUACGUGUGGCGUCAAAGGGGUUGGAUCCGGCUCUGGGCCGGACCGACGCCAUGCGGCUCGUAUCACGGGAGGAAAGGACUCCUUUCCGGGAGAGUGGUGCUGGCAAGCGGCCCUGAUAAACGCGCAGAACCAAUACCUAUGCGGAGGUGCACUGAUCGGUACGCAGUGGGUUCUCACUGCAGCGCACUGCGUCACCAGCCUGGUGCGCAACGGCGAGCCGGUGUUCGUGCGCGUCGGCGACCACGACCUCGGUAGCGAGCGCGCGCACCCGGGCGCGCAGACGCGCCGUGUGGCCACCACCUACAUCCACCACAACCACAACGGGCAGACGCUAGACAACGACAUCGCGCUCCUCAAGCUACAGGGCGCCGUCGAGCUCAACCCGCGCGUCUGCCUCGUCUGCCUGCCCGCCCGCGGAGCGGCCCCGACGCCUGGAGACCGGUGCACCGUCACUGGAUACGGCUACCUGGGAGAAGGCGGUCCCAUCGCGCUGCGGGUUCGUGAAGCGGUGCUGCCCAUCGUCGAGGACCGCGACUGCACGACCAAGAUCAACGCGGUGGCCGAGAAGCAGUUCCUGAUGCCGGCCAGCUCGUACUGCGCUGGAGGGGAGAAGGGCGACGACGCCUGCCAGGGCGACGGUGGCGGGCCCAUGGUGUGCCUGGUAGACGGCUUCUACGAGCUGGCCGGCCUGGUGUCCUGGGGAUUCGGCUGCGGCCGGCCCGACGUGCCGGGUGUCUAUGUCAAGGUGUCUUCCUUCAUCGGCUGGAUCAACCAAAUCAUCAGCGUCAACAAUCUUUAGCACCUCGUCGCUCCUGGAACCGAAUCAGUGGCAUCCCCCCCUGGGUGCCUCAACGUGUGCUCAAGCACAGACACUCGUCACAUAUCUCCGGUACACGAGUUCCUCAGCAGAACGUGACGCAGUCUUGGUGCACCUGCGUUUCCGGCAGACAACGUCAGGCCACAGGGCUUGGACGAGGCUUCAGUAUCCUUAUAGAACUGCAUUGUGUACAAAGCCAGAAACGCUGGUGCCCACGAGGUUUCCCCAAAGCACGCGUCGCGCUUCCUCUUAAAUGCGCUGUGGUCCCGUACCUUAGUGGUACAAACUGGCAGGUACAAAUUUUUCAACUUUCACGCCACACUCACUACUCUGAAGGAAGGCACACGUGGUCUAAAUAAUCUGUACUCCUAGAAACGACACUCGUUAAGCAUUCACUAUGCAUUCAUCAGGCUUGUGGUUGUACCUGCUGAUGGCGCUGUUGAGUGUAAAGCGCGAAAUUUAUUUGCAUGUCUUCAGUCAUUCUUCAGCAUUAGUUGAGAAUUAGAGAAAACAUUUGCAGCCUUAGCACACAUGGAGAAAUAUUUUUUAUUAUUAUUAUUUGUCAUCAGAAGCAGCGGCCUUAUGAAUUCAUCCUAGUCCCGUGCCAAUCGAACAUCUGGUUCUGCGGAACACUGCAGAGUGCAAAUGUCAUGUCUCCGGGUUCACAGAAGGAUGGUUGUUUGUCCUUGCACGAUAUCACUUAGUCGCCACGUUACACCCGUUCGUGUCGUUAACGUUCUAUCUUUUCCUUUAUCUGCAUGAUAUCAUAUAGUACGUGCUAUUGGAUGGCAGUGCAAUAGUAUUGUCACUCAGUACACGCGUUAAAGAAUAUUCGCCAAGAAUUACUUGCCAUUAGACACAUGUCAAAACAAGUGCCACCGAAGCCUAUUCACUUUUCUACAAUGUGGUCAGUCGCAUUCUUAUCAUAUUCAUGUAUCAAUUUCAUCGUCAGAGAACCUUUCACAGUAGGGUCGGCAGAAAUUAAUUAGUGAAAAAUCAUAAUAUGCACGAGAAAGGCGUUGAAUUAAAGAGAUGCACCGGUGAAACAUGAUUAUUCGUAGCACACAUUCGAUUGAGUGAUGUUAUUUUGUUCGCUGCCUUUGUUUAGCUGCGUGUGUUUUCACCUUUCAUCACACAUUUCAUUCUGUUCAUGCUUCAUCAUUUUUAUUUAUAAUGCGCGCUAGUACGAAACUACUUUCUAUAAAUGGUGCUCAAUCAGAAACAAAACCUCUAGGGCUCUUUGCUGGCUCAUAUUUAUUGUCGAAAGCAUGCUACAGAGCCAGAUUCGUACUACGUGUCACAGCAGUUAGUCAGAAAGAGAAGCUCAUGAACAAUGUCUUGACGAGGUCUGUACUGGAGGGAACGCAAUUACGAGCGCGAAAUGAAGACAAAAGAAAAGGAAAGAAAAGUUGAAAUAAAAUGUGUGUUUUG